AAAAGGCAUCUUUCCAGUCUAUAUAUACUCAGACUCUAGGGCACAUAUUCUAUUUCAUGUGCUCUCCACAUUUCACUUUCUCUAGGUUUCUCCGCAAUUUUCAAGUGGACGAAUCCAAAUAGAAUUUGCCAAGCUUUUCUUGAUUUAUCAUACUCGGUGUAAAAAUGGCGACAAUAGGAGCUUCCUCAGCUUGCUGCAUGAUCAGAAGCACACCCCAGAACAGUGGUAAAAUUGCUGCCGUGAGGACCCGGUGUUCGUUUGGUUCUGUUAAGAGUGUCUCAAAGAGAUUUGGCCUGAAAUCAUCAUCCACCUACGGCAAGGUAACGGCAAUGGCAACGUACAAGGUUAAGCUCGUUGGACCAGAAGGUGAGGAGUGCGAAUUUGACGCCCCAGAUGACUGUUACAUCCUCGAUUCUGCCGAGAACGCAGGUAUGGAGUUACCUUACUCGUGCAGAGCCGGAGCAUGUUCUACCUGUGCCGGUCAGUUGGUAUCUGGUGCACCAGUCGACCAAUCCGAUGGAUCUUUCUUGGAUGAAAAUCAGAUGAAGGAGGGAUACGUUUUGACUUGUAUCUCUUACCCAACUUCAGACUGUGUGAUCCAUACACACAAGGAAGGCGACCUCUACUGAUUACAAAUUGAGACGAGUAUGAAUUCUGAUUGGAUGAAUGCACUUAGAACUAUUUCUACUUGUUUAGAUAUAGCAUUGUGGGCAAUAGCUCCCUUUUCUUCAGAUCACUGUGUUAUUGCUCUGUCACCUUUAGUUCUUGUUGUUAGUUGAGUUGCCAUCUUAAUAUUAGAUUGCUCUUGUUUUUGUUUGCGUUAUAUUUCCUUUCAGAUAUAAGCAAUUUCUGUAACAUUGUUGUUGGUGAUAAGGUUGGGCUCUCAAUCAAUCAUUUCAGACCACUAAAUGUGUGAGGCAUGCUUGGUUCUGUAAUAAUAUAUGGACUCUUUUUUUUUUCUCAA